CUCAUUUUGGUAACAAGAUUUGAUAAGUUGGUUUAGGAAACAAUGACGGCGCUUAAUGCCGGAGAAGAGUUAAGUAGAAUAUCGAGUAGUCGUCGGAGCAGUUGGAAAUCGGCGAGUUUAAGAGAGGUGUGGCAAGGACAGGGACCAGUUGAUGCUUUCGAGAGAAACAGUACGAGGAGGCAUGCUGAGGAGGACGAGGAAGAGGAGUUGAAAUGGGCGGCGAUCGAGCGGUUACCGACCUACGAUCGGAUGAGAAAAGGGAUAUUGAAACAGGUGGUCAGCAAUGGUAGGGUUGUACAGAAUGAGGUUGAUGUUAGUAAUCUUGCUCCCCAUGAUAAGAAAUUGCUUAUGGAUAAUAUUCUUAAAGUUGUUGAAGAUGAUAAUGAGAAGUUCCUCAAGAAACUCCGAUCAAGAACCGACAGAGUUGGAAUUGACAUUCCAAAAGUUGAAGUAAGAUUCCAGAAUUUAUGCGUAGAAGGUGAUACCCGAGUUGGCUCAAGAGCACUUCCAACUCUCCUCAAUACCACCUUAAACACUGUUGAGUCAUGUCUUGGAAAGAUUGGCCUUUCUGCAUCAAAACAAAGGGUUCUCAAAAUACUCCAAGACGUAUCUGGGAUUAUCCGACCAUCAAGGAUGACAUUGUUGCUUGGGCCACCUGGUGCUGGCAAAACAACACUAUUGCAAGCACUUGCAGGGAAAUCGGAAGAUAAUCUUAGAGUAUCUGGAAACAUUACUUAUUGUGGACAUGAAUUUAAGGAAUUCGUUCCACAAAGAACAUGUGCCUAUAUAAGUCAGCAUGAUCUUCACCACGGUGAGAUGACUGUUCGCGAGACGCUGGAAUUCUCAGGCCGUUGUUUGGGAGUUGGGACUAGGUAUGAAAUGUUGGCUGAGUUAUCCAGAAGAGAAAAGGAUUCUGGGAUUAAACCGGACCCUGAAAUAGACGCUUUCAUGAAGGCUACAUCGUUGGCUGGUCAGGAAACUAGUUUGAUCACAGAUUAUGUCCUCAAGAUUUUGGGAAUGGAUAUUUGUGCUGAUAUUAUGGUGGGAGAUGAUAUGAGAAGAGGUAUAUCUGGUGGACAAAAGAAGCGUGUCACUACUGGAGAAAUGUUGGUUGGACCGUCGAAAGUGUUCUUCAUGGACGAGAUCUCAACAGGUCUGGACAGCUCAACCACAUUCCAGAUUGUCAAGUACAUGAGACAGAUGGUUCACAUAAUGGAUAUCACAAUGGUGAUCUCUCUUCUACAGCCUGCACCGGAGACAUUUGAACUUUUCGAUGACAUCCUCCUUGUUUCAGAAGGACAGAUCAUAUACCAAGGUCCAAGAGACAACAUUCUAGACUUCUUCGAGCACAUGGGAUUCAAAUGCCCAGAAAGGAAAGGAGUAGCCGACUUUCUCCAAGAAGUAACCUCAAGUAAAGACCAAGAACAAUAUUGGUUCAGAAGGAACCAGCCUCAUAGGUUUAUCUCAGUUUCUGAGUUUUCACAGUCCUUCAAGUCUUUCCACAUCGGCCAGCAAGUGUUGCAAGAACUUAGAGUUCCCUUUGACAAGUCCAGAGUUCAUCCAGCUGCUUUGGUGACUGAUAAAUUCGGUAUUUCAAAUUGGGAACUCUUCAGAGCGUGUUUUGCGAGGGAAUGGUUGCUAAUGAAGAGAAGCUCGUUCAUCUAUAUCUUCAAAGUUGUGCAGAUUACUAUAAUGGCUAUAUUUUCCUUCACUGUUUUCUUAAGGACCCAAAUGAAACCUGGUGACAUAAGAGACGGUGCUGCUAAAUUUUGGGGAGCUCUGUUUUUCAGUCUCAUUAAUGUUAUGUUCAAUGGAAUGCAAGAACUUGCCAUGACGGUUUUCAGGCUUCCUGUUUUCUUCAAACAAAGGGAUUCACUAUUCUAUCCUGCUUGGGCUUUUGCGUUGCCUAUUUGGAUCCUGAGGAUUCCUGUUUCUUUCAUGGAGUCUGCUAUUUGGAUCAUUUUAACGUAUUACACCAUUGGAUUUGCUCCUUCUGCUGCUAGGUUCUUCAAACAGUUCUUGGCCUUCUUCAGUGUUCAUCAAAUGGCUCUAUCUCUUUUUCGAUUCAUUGCAGCAGCCGGAAGAACUGCAGUUAUUUCUAACACAUUCGGUACCUUUGCAUUGCUCGUGGUUUUCGUUCUAGGAGGCUUCAUUGUUGCCAAAGAUGAUAUUCAGCCAUGGAUGAUAUGGGGUUACUACGUUUCUCCUAUGAUGUAUGGACAAAACGCGAUCGCCAUUAAUGAGUUUCUCGAUGAGCGAUGGAGUGCUCCAAUAAAUGGAACUGGGCAGCCUACAGUAGGAAAAACACUUCUCAGCAGCAGAGGUCUUUUCACUGAAGAAUAUUGGUACUGGAUUUGCAUUGCAGCUCUCAUUGGAUUCUCUCUACUCUUUAAUCUUCUUUUCAUUGCAGCUCUCACAUUCUUAAAGCCAUUUGCGGACACUAAGGCUGUAGUUGCAGAUGAUGACAAUAAAACUCCUCAAGAAACCUCGGCUUUGAGUGCUGGAAAUGACCAAGCUAAAAAAGGAAUGAUUUUACCCUUCCAACCGUUAUCAAUUGCAUUCAACCACGUUAACUACUACGUUGACAUGCCUGCUGAAAUGAAAAAUCAGGGAUUUGAAGAAAACCGUCUUCAACUGCUGAAAGAUGUGAGUGGUGCUUUCAGGCCGGGUAUUUUGACAGCACUGGUGGGUGUAAGUGGUGCUGGAAAAACCACACUAAUGGAUGUUUUGGCUGGAAGGAAGACCGGGGGUUACAUUGAAGGAACCAUAAACAUUUCAGGUUACAAAAAGAACCAAGCCACAUUUGCCCGUGUCAGCGGCUACUGUGAGCAAAAUGACAUCCAUUCUCCUUAUGUUACUGUCUACGAGUCCCUUUUAUAUUCUGCAUGGCUGCGUCUUGCCGCUGAUGUCACCACAGACAAACGAAAGAAAUUUGUUCAAGAGGUUAUGGACCUGGUAGAGCUUACCCCAAUAAGAAACGCUCUAGUCGGUCUACCAGGCGUUGAUGGUCUUUCAACCGAACAGAGAAAGAGGCUCACAAUUGCGGUUGAGCUGGUUGCUAAUCCAUCCAUCAUCUUUAUGGAUGAACCGACAUCAGGUCUUGACGCAAGAGCAGCUGCAAUUGUCAUGCGUACUGUUAGGAAUACAGUCGACACUGGAAGAACUGUCGUCUGCACAAUUCAUCAACCAAGCAUCGAUAUCUUUGAAGCUUUCGAUGAGCUACUGUUGAUGAAGAGAGGUGGACAAGUGAUCUAUGCCGGACCACUUGGUGAACAUUCCCAUAAGCUGGUCGAAUACUUUGAGGCUGUCCCUGGAGUGCAGAAAAUUAAAGAAGGAUACAAUCCGGCUACUUGGAUGCUGGAUGUCAGCUCUCAGUCAGCCGAGAAUCAUCUUAACGUAGAUUUUGCUGAAAUCUACGCCAAUUCAGAACUCUAUAAGAGAAAUCAAGACCUGAUAAAAGAUUUAAGCACACCAUCUCCCAGUUCGAAGGACCUGUAUUUCCCAACAAAGUACUCGCAAUCAUUCUUAACACAAUGCAAAGCUUGCUUCUGGAAGCAACAUUGGUCUUACUGGAGGAACUCUCAGUUCAAUGCCAUUAGAUUCUUCAUGACGGUUGUAAUAGGAGUUCUGUUUGGGGUUAUUUUCUGGGACAAAGGAGAUAAACUAAAUACACAACAAGAUCUUCUUAACUUGUUGGGAGCCACUUAUUCUGCGGUGCUCUUCCUUGGAGCCACAAAUACAUCUUCGGUUCAACCGGUUGUGGCAGUUGAAAGAACAGUUUUCUAUCGUGAGAGAGCAGCAGGAAUGUAUUCCGAGUUGCCUUAUGCGUUUGCCCAGGUGGCAAUGGAGACAAUUUAUGUUGCAAUUCAAACAUUUAUAUAUACAGUGCUUCUUUACUCAAUGAUUGGUUUUGAAUGGAAGGCAUCAAAGUUCUUCUACUUCUACUACUUCAUAUUCAUGUGCUUCACAUAUUUUUCCAUGUAUGGAAUGAUGCUUGUCGCGUUGACUCCAAACUUCCAGAUUGCCGCCAUUACCAUGUCCUUUUUCCUUAGCUUCUGGAACUUGUUCUCUGGUUUCCUUGUUCCCAGGCCGCUUAUCCCAAUAUGGUGGAGGUGGUACUAUUGGGCCACACCGGUUGCAUGGACGAUUUAUGGCGUUUUCACAUCUCAAGUGGGAGACAUCACGACAACUCUCCAGGUUCCUGGAGAGGCUACAGAUCCGAAGUUAAAUGAAUUCCUAAAGGAGUACAUGGGAUAUGACUACGACUUCCUGGUCCCGGUUGUAUUCGCGCACUUGGGCUUUGUGCUGCUUUUCUUCUUCGUCUUUGCCUAUGGUAUCAAGUUCCUCAACUUCCAGAAGAGAUGAUCUAAAUAUUGUCAAUUUUACAUUGUUAUUGUUGUUGUUGCUGCUGUUGUUUUUGUGUUGUUUAGAAAGAUGAGAUAAAUAUAUGGUUUAUGUAUAAAAGUACUAGUUAAUUAAGAUCCAUUAUCAUUCUUUGCAUUUGUUAAAAUUAAAAUAAAUUCUAUAUUUGAUAUA